AUGAUGAUGAUGAUGAUGCGCCGUGUGAUGUGUGUGUUGGCCGUUGUGCUGUGCUGCGCCUGCGGGUAUACCAUGGCGGCUGCUGCUGCUGUUGAUAAUGACAGUCCCAGUGGCCGUGGUGUAUCCCGUGGGGCUGUGGAGGUGUCGUGCGGGGCCGGCGGUGCGCUGCGUGUACGCCCCGCUGCUGAGAGCGAGUGGCUUACAUGCGGUGCGGGCAGCCGUGUGUCUGCAUGUGGGAAGUACGCAGACCUCUGCCGCCAGCGUACCGCAAGAGCAGCAGCAACAACAACAACUGCUACUACUACUACUGCUGGACAGCCAAAGGCGGUGAUGGCGCAUUGGAGUAGUUGGGAUGUUUCUGUGGCCGGUUGGCUAAAGGAAACAGGGAAAGAUUCGACCAAAGGCAAACCUGGUGACAAAAAGACGGAAGGUACAAAACAGAAGAAUGAGAGUGAAUCAGAAAGUCACCAACUAAACGAACAGUUAGAGGGGAGAAUUCCUCAGGAAGUAAAGGCAAAUUUGUCCAGAGAAGAAGACGGAGUUAUACCUGAACAACAAGAACAAGAAGUAGAAGUACAACAUCGUCAGCAACCAGGGGAAAACAUGCACACGUUAUCGCAGAAGGAACCUAAUCUUGUAGAGGAGAAAGAAUUGGGACACUUAUCAGCGUCCUCUGAAGUGCAAGAAGAUCUACCUCAUCCUGAAGGUACAAAACGCUCACCAACAGUUUCUGCGGACUCAAGCAGCUCACCAGAAGCAGCGUCAGAAGCAAGAACAACAUUAUCAACGGCUACAGCCAUAAGCACAGCCGGAGAGGUUAAUUCCAAUCACGACCAACCGCAAACUCAGUCUGAAAACAACACAGAAAGUGGUGUUAUCAAGGGGUCUAAUACCCCACACGACGCCCCUGCUGAGGCGGGUGAUGCUGCUACAUCAGGCUCUGAAGGAAGUGAUGCCAUUACACCAGCGAGCACCGAGAACACUACCACUGAAGCACCAAGUACCGCUCCAUCUCCUGCACCUGUUUCCAACGCAGAGAUCAGCAAUAUUGCCUCUAAUAUGCAGAACAAGGCCAAUGUUGACAGCAGUGUUAGUCCUGUGUGGAUGCGCACUGCAGCACCGCUGCUGAUUGUGGCUAUGUUGUUCUCCGUUACCGUGUACUGA